AUGCAGGCAUCAUAUCAGCUCUCGUCGCGGGUGCUGGAGCUCAUUGCCAGAGUCCUCAGUCUACCAUGCUCAAACCUCGACACAACGAGAACCUUUACCGGAAUGGGAGGCAAUUCGCUUCUUGCAGUUCGAUUGUCGGCAGAUUGUCGUCAAGAAGGCAUUGCACUUUUGGUGGAAACGAUCAUGGGUUGUGAUAAUAUUAAGAAACUCAUUGGUCUGGCCAGACCUGUCCUUCAACCAGAUAGCUGCACCGCCACUACUCCCAUGCAAGCACACGAGCAGAAUAGCAGGUCCGACAAAAAGACCAUUUCAGGACCUCCACUGACAGAAAUUCAAUUAGCCUUGAUUCAUGGCACGCAGAGGCAUCCCACUCGGAACAUUAUUAGUUACUUCGAGACCUACCCGUCAGAGCAGGUUCCCAUCCUGCGUCACGCGUGGUAUACAGUCGUGUCCAUGGAGCCCAUCUUCCGCACCAACCUUGACCUGCGAGAUGGUAGUCAUCUCGUUGAGCAAGCAGAGGCACCUUUCAUCUGGAAGGAGCAGACAGUGGACUCGCGUGAGGCAUACGACCGAGCCUUGCAUGAGACUCCCUCCCUCCUCCAGCUGGCACCAGGACAGGAAGCGGCAUCUACCCAGGGGAGCAUCAGCACCAUUGUCUGGCGGAUUCAUCACGCCCUCAUCGACGGUUACUCAGCCACACUUGUGCUGCAAAAGGUCCGGCGAGUGGCUGCCGGCCUGGCUGUUCAACCCAGCCCGUCAUUCACGACGUUGGUGGAAGAGCUCGGCCAACUACAAAGCAGUUCACAGGAGGCGGCUAAGGAGUUCUGGAAGCAACAGUAUGCGCGGUACGGGUCAACAGGCGGGGAGCUCCAAUUGCCGCCACAGCAGGAUUCCAACAAAGAAGAUGGUAUCGGCGCAAUCUCCUUCCAGAUGCCCGGCGAGGUGCAGUCGCAGGCACAGGCAGCCGGGGUUACCACGGCCACGAUGUGCUACGCCGCGUGGGCACUGGCGCUAUCAGUCUUCAUUGACUCGGAGACGGUAGUGUUUGGAGCCGUGUUGUCAGGGCGGAACCUGCCCCUGGACAAUGUAGAGACGACCAUCGGGCCUCUCGUCAAUACGCUCCCCAUCCAUGUCCCACUUGACCCGACACAAACGGUGGCACAAAUGCUCCAGCAGGUCUUCCGACAGCUGGUGAAGCUUUCCACUUUCCAGUGGACGUUACCCGAGCAUGGGUACGAUCGGAAGUUCACCUCAGCCCUUAGUAUGCAGCUGGAGCCAACCAGGAUCGACGUUGAUGGGGCGGUUGUUCAGCCUCUGACACCUCCAUACUCUCGCUCUGAGACCGAUUUCCCUCUCAGCAUCUUCAUUGAAACUGACGGGACAGUCCGUGUGCAGUACGACCGCAGCAUGUUCCCGUCCAGCAUGGUCGAGCUCAUUUCGAGUCACUACCAGCAGGCAUUCACUCUACUUUGCGAUCUCAAUGCCACGGUUCAGCAUUGUCUAGGCGGUCUGCUCACUCCUGAGACCCGCCAGACCUUGCUCCAUUUGGGGAACUGCAUAUCUCCUCUGACGACAUUCAGUGCCGUCAAGGAUGAUCUCGUGAGCCUGUUCAUGCGAAACGUCUCCGAGCACGGAGAUCAAAUUGCUCUUCAGCGAGGAAAGCAUAACAUGACCUACGCAGAGCUUCACGAGGCUUCCAGCAAAGUUGCUCGGCAACUGUUCAAGGAUGUCAAACCAGGCGAUCCGGUGUGUCUGCAUGCUGAUCAGUCCCUGGAGUGGAUCAUUGGCAUCUACGGAAUUCUCUUUGCUGGGGGGGUUUACUGUCCACUGCACGCCAACCUGCCUCAAGACCUUCGCAAUCAGUAUGCGGACACCGCAGGGGCAACUGUCUUCCUAGUUCCUCGGCUGCAUCAGAUGCAUCUCAAACCGGCUGGCUGUACAUUGGCGAUCUCAGUUGAGGACUGUAUACACAGUACAGGGCAGGAGUGCCCAACAAUAUCGCCAUUAUCUACCCGCCAACCCAACGCACAGGCCAACGCAUAUAUUUGCUUCACCUCUGGAUCGACCGGAAAGCCAAAAGGAGUUAUAUGCACACAUGCCGGACUGGUCGCUUUUCAGCGUGACCGGACUGUGCGCUUGAUGGCCCGUCCAGGGUGGAGGGUGGCCCAAACCAUGUCCCCCGCGUUCGACGGAAGUAUCCAUGAGAUCUUUUCGGCCCUCAGUUAUGGGGCAACGCUGGUGCUCCCGCAUUCAGCAGACCCGUUUUUGCAUCUCGCCAACGUUGAUUCGUGCAUUCUGACUCCUUCAGUGGCCAAUGUUCUUGACCCGACUCGCUUUCCGACCUUGCAGACGGUUUACCUGGUUGGUGAGCCUGUUCCGCAGGCCGUCAACGACCGAUGGUCACAGCAAAAAGGAUUGUACAACAUGUAUGGCCCUACGGAAGGGACUGGCGGAGCGACGAUUAAGAGACUAUUGCCGAAAUAUCCAGUGACGAUCGGUCGUCCUAACCCGUCCACUCGGAUUUACAUUCUGAAUCAGAGACAGACUCUUCUGCCACCUGGAAUCACUGGAGAGAUUUGGCUUGCCGGUGUGCAGGUUGCUCGGGGGUAUAUUGGUUUGCCCGAACAAACGGCCGACCUAUUCAGACCUGAUCCCGUCUGUCCAGACAGUGGCGAGAUGAUGUAUAGGACCGGUGAUUAUGGAUACUGGGAUGUCAGAAGUGGCGAGAUCGUGUGCCUAGGGCGCAAGGACCGCCAGAUCAAGCUGCGAGGCUUCCGACUGGAUCUCAAUGACCUCGAGAUUCGCAUGCUAAAGCUGCAUUCAUCCACCACAGCGGUGGCCAUCGCUCCAAACUGGGAGGGGAAUUACCUUGUGGCCAUGGUUACACCAGCCUCUGUUGACACCGGCAUGCUAGAGACACUAGCCCGGCUGAGGCUCCCUCCCCAUGGGCUGCCCCGAUAUAUCAUCGCUACUGACGGGUUCCCCAUGACCUCCGCCGGCAAGCUCGACUACCAGUCCGUUGCCAAAGCUCUUCCCGAGACCGUCCCCCAGCCAACGGCACAGCAGACAGAUAGUCUACCUCUAUCAACAGGAACGGAGAAGCGAGUUGCACGGCUGUGGCGAGCAGUUUUAGGGCUGGAUCUGAGCAAAGCAAUAACCCGCUCAUCGGACUUCUUUGAUCUGGGUGGCCAUUCUGUACAGCAGCUGCAUCUGGCGUCGCGCCUCACAGAGGAAUUCCAGCUGCGCAUUCCGUUCAAGGUCGUCGUCGAGUGCCUGACAGUCCAGGAGAUGGCCGAGCAGAUCGAUAGGCUGCUCACGCUCAACGCGCGGACGUCUCUCAAGGAUACGUUCAAUCGCCCGGCGGGUCAGGUGGAUGAGCAUCAGCUGGCUCCCAUCGAGCUAGAAUGGUGGCACAAGUACCAGCUCGGCGAAGAAGGUACUUCGGCCUUCAACGUCUGCUUUGCCGCACGAUUUGAUCCCGGUCGCGUGGACCGUCAUCGGCUCACCGCCGCAUGGAACACCGUCCUAGGCCGCCAUAUGAUCCUGCGGUCUCGAUACGUCUCAGAUCGCAGGGCCGGGGUGCGCCGUCGAUUUGCCAACAGCCCGCCACAAGUGCACCGGGUUAGUCAUAUGGAUCUGUGGAAGGAGGUCAAUCGGCCGUUCCUCCUGGCGCAGAACGAUCCCAUCCGGGUGCUCAUCUCACGCGACGUGCUCCUGGUGGUCAUCAGCCAUAUCGUCUGCGAUCUGACCACGCUUGAGCUCCUCCAGGGUGAAGUCGCGGGAGCAUAUCAUGGCGAAUCAUCGCUACGCACCAGUCCCCGCGCAAACUACAUGCAUGUCAUGGCUCACAACUCCAUCUACGCCAGCUGCGAUCUGGAAUUCUGGUCGGAAUACAUGGCCGGAGUACCUGAUCCCGCGCGAGACUCCUUUGCGGUAGGCUCGGAGCGCACCAGCUACGGAGGCACAUCCACCGUCUUCCCCAUCCCGCCACUGCUAGCGGGCCAGAUGCUCCGCGUCGCCCAUGAGCACCGACUCAGUUCCCACCAGCUCGCCCUCGCAGCCGUGGCGCUGACCAUGCAAGCCGGCGAGCCUAAUACAGCAAUCGAUCUCCUCCUAGGCGGCCCACAUCUCAAUCGCAAGACCCCAGAAGCGCAGGAGGCCAUCGGACUCUUCCUCGAACCGCUCCCCAUCCGGGUUCGUGAGCCGGUCCCCUCCCCGGUGCACACCGGACAAUUCUUACAGGCGGUGCGGGACUCGAGCCAGCGCGCACUCGGCCACGCAGUGCCCUGGAACCAGUUACUCUGCCGUCUGAGCGCAACGCAGGAUUACCCCAACCAUCCCCUGUUCGAUACCAUGGUCACGUUUCACGACAAUCGGAAGAAAGUGCCAUUUCCGCUGCCUGGGUUCGAGCCCGUUGGACUCUGGGCUGAAGGAGCCAAGUUCAAGCUGCUGUUUGAGUUCUGCAUGGAGUCGGAUCAGGACUUGACGGUGAGGGUUGAGCAUGACCGCGAUUGCUAUCCGGAUGUAGUGGUCAACAGGAUCGUUGCCGUUUUGCUGUACGGCCUGCAGUUACUUGGGGAGGAAAUAUCGUUUCCAGCACUGCGAGCACAGCUGGCAGCCCGGGUGGAGGUGUGA